CCGUGCAGCAUUUUUUGCCCGAAUUCGUGCCACACACAUUGAGAUACGAAAGUCUAAAGAGUUUGUGCCAACAGGCGGUUAGUUAAAGAGAUGGACACAUACGAGAAACAAAAACCAUCAGCAACUCCAGACGGCCACAAGAGCCUUCGCAAAAAGUUUGUCAGAACGUUGAAAGGGAAGCCAGCUUUGAAAGAGAUUUAUGGCGAACCUAUGAAAGUGUAUUUGCGAGUUCGACCGUUGUCUGAGUCGGAGUUGAUAGCGGGUGAGUCACAAGAUUGCUUGCAGUUCGAGGAUGAUACGUCCAUUGUCGUUCAACCACCGAAUGAUUCUGCUUCUUUCAAGAAUCAGUCCCGUACUGGCAUGCACGCUGUCCAUCGCUUCGAUUUCUCGCAUGUGUUUGGGCCUGAAACCAGCCAGAAGAAUUUGUUUAAAGAUACAACGCUCGAUGUUGUCAAAGAUUUUGUAAGAGGACAGAACUGUUUAACUUUCAGCUAUGGAGUCACCAACGCUGGAAAGGUUAGUUAACUAUUUGUGUCUUCAAGUUGGAAUUAUAAUCUAGUAUAAUAUAUUACAUGACUGCCAACUCUCAUCCUAGCCACAGAAUAGGAAGGUACAGCAGAAGUGUAACUCAAGCAAGUAUUUGUCCGCGUUUUUACAAGUGAUUCGUCAUCAAUCACGCCAUCCUGGCUAGUACAACCGGCACUUUGUACCUACCAAAACCUGAUAAAAACUUCCGGCUGUACUAGCCAGGAUGACGUGGAUUGGCGUGAGCGAGUUAAAAUUUUCGUGGACGUAAAACAAUAAGGGAAGCGACUCGAGUUCCACUUCUGCUGUACCUUCUUAUUCUGUGUCGUAGCUUUGGGGUUAAAAUUUCUCUUAUUUUUUAGACCUAUACUAUAUAUGGUUCGGGACGGGACAUCGGCAUAUUGCCACGAACAUUGAAUGCUGUCUUUGAAAGUUUCAAAGAUAAAAUCUAUACUCGGACAAACAUGAAGCCGAAGUUCUUCAGUGAUGUCAUCACUCUUACGAAUGCCCAGGAAAGCAAGGAGGAAAGCAAGAAACAAACUGUGCUUACAAUGGCUGAACAUUCCGUAAGUUUUAUACUCUAGACUAUAUAGAAGCUUUGAACUGGAUAAUUUCUGUCUAACGUUUCUCCCUCGUCACAGAAUAGAAACUAUACAGAAGCACGACUGCUUGGUUUUCCCUAUGAUUUUGGCGUAAUCGUAAUUCGUCAUCAAAAUGAUGACGCCAUGGUCCUAGCCAGUGUGCUUAUGUCACUCCCUGAUAAUAUUCAAAAUGGUGGACAUCCGGGGGGGGGGGGUGAAUGUCUCUCAUAAGCGCACUGGCUAGUACGAUGCCGUCAGCAUUUUGAUGACGAAUCAUAACGUGACAGCGGUUACCCUUUUUUGGCUGAGUUGGCCUUCAUUGUUUCUUUAUUCAGUGAUAGAGACCUUUACAGAAGCCCGACGUCUUGGUUUUGCCCAUAUUUUGGUGUAACCGUUGCAACGCUGUCGCCAGUGCACUUACGAGAGGCAUUGCCCCCUGAAAAUAUUCAAAAUUGUGGAUGUUCAGGGGGGUACCUCUCGUAAUAUGAUAAACUGAUAAAAAUGAUGCUUUUUAGACUUUCUCAGAGGAUGUGAACCGAAUCACAAGCUGGUUGAGUAGUCCACAUCUAAAAUACCUUACGGAUGAAGGUACCAAACAUUAUGCAGGCUGUAUAUUACUAUAUACCUGACAGUCCCAUCAUAUCUCUAUUCUUUAUUUUCGCAUCUAGAGUUCAGUAUUGAUCUCCAUUCAGAUUUGGAGAUCGAUGAACGAGAUCAGUUUGCAUUAUGGAUUUCAUUCGCGGAGAUCUAUAAUGAGCAAAUAUUUGAUCUACUUGAACCAUUGAAUGUUAAAGAAAAGAAACGAACUGUAUUAAAACUUGGUGAUGAUAAGAACGGCAAUCCUUAUAUUAAAGGUAUGUUUUGUGAAAUAAUAUAUUAAAUUGGUUCUGUUGUAUCUUUUAUCCUCCUGAUCAUAGCAAGAGUAAUGACGGAUUCUGACAUCUAGGAUCCCAGAAAAAUUUCAGACCUGGCUCAGCUGGAGAAAAUUUUAUGGCAUUACAUUAUGCUAACAGGGGCAGAAAAUAAUUUAUCAGGAAGAAUAUUAGUUAGCCUGCGAGCAGGCUAAAUAUUAGUGAGGUCGCCGGAACUUUGACCCCAAAACUUGGGAUCCCAGACACAAAAAUUUCCUGCUAUGAUCGUAACAUCUUACUGUUUGUUUUUUUUUUUUUCAUUCUAAGGACUCAAACAUGUUCUUGUAUGUAACCAAGAAGAAGCUUGCAAGGUAACAUUCUACUUCGUCUUCCCAUGCUAAUAUCUUCUCUUCAUCGACUUGAUUGGAUUGCAGGGUCCGGGGAGCACCCGGCGAAAACCCACGACGUUUGGCAGAGCGUUAACUGACUCUUUUCACGUGAGUCCAAAGCAAAAAUCGAACCCACGGACUCAGAGGUGAACGGCGCUUGCUCCGAUGUCUACGCCACCGAAACUUUAAAUUUCGCUUUCCUUUUUAAACAGGUUUUAAAGAUUGGGCAACAGAAUCAAAGAAAUGCUUCUACAAAGUUGAACAAUAAUUCCAGUAGAAGGUAGUAUUAAAACUAUAAAACCUUUACAGUUUUGACAUCUUUAUUGUGAUGGGAGGCAAACUUUUCUUUUUAUUUUCAGUCAUUGCAUCUUCAACCUGAAGCUCGCGAGACUGACUGUGAAUCAUCAGGGCGAAGCAAAUAUCGUUAAAGUCAGUCAGUAAGUAAUUUAUGUAAACCGUUACAUUGAUGAUAAGAUAUUGGGGAGCGUUUACAUGAAGUAACGGCAAAAGUAAAACUCUCGUACAACCACUGUAAUAAUCGUAAUUUUCCAGGUUGUCGUUCGUUGAUCUCGCUGGCUCGGAGAGAUACUCCAAAACUCAGAACAGUGGUGAUAGAUUGAAGGAAGCUGCAAAUAUCAAUACUUCUCUCAUGACUCUUGGCAAAUGUGUGGAACAACUGAAGUACAAUCAAAGCCACAGGUAAGGAGGCGUUUUGUGGGAGAGGUUGUUUCCGAGAUAUUGGUGACACAGUGAUUAGACGGUACAUGUGUUUGAUUCUCGCUGCGAACUCCUGACACGUAUGUGAAAAGGGUUGGUCGACGAUCUACCGAAAUUCGUGGGUUUUCCCCGGGUACUCCAAUUUUCUCCCAUCCGGAACGAGCCCCAAACUGACACCUCCGCUGUAGCUGUACUCUGUGGCUAGACACGAAUCGUAAGGUACCCUCUGUAAGCCUUUGACGUGAUCAGGUUGAGCUGCAUGCUUCGUAAUUCAGCUUGACUCUCAGCUGCAAGUAAGGAUGAUUAGCAAGCCCCACAUUAUAGUAAACAAGGCUGGAGUCCUUCACAAGUCGUUUCAUGACUAUUUUUUAAACUAUAGAUUAUCUUCGUUUAUGCAGGAGUAACCCAAAGAACGUGCCGUUUCGUGAAAGCAAGUUAACUCGAUUGUUUCAAGUCUUCUUCUGUGGGCAAGGCAAAGUGUCGAUGAUUGUAAACGUCAGUCAGUGUGCUUCGGCAUUUGACGAGACAUUCCAUGCCUUGAAGUUCUCUGCCAUCGCUAGAAAGGUAAAGAUAUCUGGUUCUUCAACAAUCUCGCAAGCUAGGCUCUCUACUUCUGCUUCCUUCCCAAGCCUACGGAGCCCGGCUUGCGAGGUUGGUUCUUCAUUUAACCCAUAGAUCGAUAAGCUCAAAUCCUGGCCUUCAUACCCUGGCCUUCCUACCCUGGCCUUAGAUAACCACUGGCUGUUUUAGUUUCAGUGUUCUGCAUGUUUGUAUAUUUCGGAAAUCUUCGACGAUUUGUGUAAUUAUCGACAUCUACGUUUCGGCACAGCAUCAUCAGUAUUGCAUCCCCAAACCUUUUGAAACUACCGCAAAUAUCUUCACGUUUUGCUUCGUUCAGGUUGCAACGAUCAGCGUCGAGUCGUCGUCAUACAUUGAAGACCUACCGAAGCAUGACUUUCAGGUAUCUCGAUAAAAGUGUUGUUCUAUGUAAACUUCCUUAACUUUGGCUUUAUUAGUUCUAGAUUGUUCUCCCUAGAGAUUUAAUAUAAGAAUCAUUCCAGGAUUUAGUAUAGAGGAAACCUAAACUAAACAACGUAAAAUGGAUAGCACUAUCAGUCCUAGACUGUUCUCUCUAGAGAUCCAGUAAGGGUUAUACCUUAUGGCAGGAGGAAACCGAAAUAGCUUGGGGCUUUAUGCAGACAGACUGAAAGAACUUAUUCGCAUGUACCAGCUGCAUAUUGUGGAAAUCAUCUGAAGUUGGCAGCUUGUUUUUAUUUCUUUCAGCAAUUAAUGUCGAUCAUUAAAACACUUCAAGCGAAAGUGACGGAUGAGGCGAUGAAGAAAGCCAUGAUGGAACUAAGAAUUAGGGAAGAAGUUGCGCAGGAAAUGAAUGAACAGAUUGCCGAAAUAGAAAAUAUGUACAGGUUUGUAUGCUUCUCUUUCUUGUACAAGCUAUAAGUCGUGAACAAAAUCCUUUAAUAUAGGCUUGUACAGGCUUUAAUUAAAUCGGUUGGAAAGUUCAGGUUGAACGCUGAUGGUCGCCUGACAUUAACCAGGUGAUCUCGUGUUCGUAUUUUAGCCAAUCAGCGUUCAGAAAGGGUUGUCCGAAUAGAAAUCCAUUUUGAUGUAUUCAGUCAAUUAUAUCUUUCAUUAUUCUUUAUGAAACUAGUUGAAAUUUUGUAAUUAUGUUUGGUUAUGAGAACUAUAGCUCUGACAAAAAUAUGGAAUCGAAAUAAAGUAUAUUACAGGAGAUAUUCAGUUGUUUUAAUCAUAAAAUGGAUUUCUAUUUGACAACUAGUGCCAGUACUUUUCCGCGUAUCAAGAUCACCUGGAAUUCAUUAAUGAACUAAACUAAACUUACAAUUUCGUUUUUUAUUCCAAUUUGACUUUGUCCGCAGCUUAGAUAAACGGGGCGUAAGUCAAACUAAUAUUGCUUAUGUAGCUCCCUAGCUUUAUCAGUUUUGGAACUGUUCUCCUUAUAGAGUUUCAUUGGGGGACAUUGUUACUGGUUAUUAAUGGACUUUAAUAUGGAAUAUUUGUAUGACAAUUGCAUACUGUAGCAAUGGAAGCCCUGUCUUGUAGGUGGAAGAAAUACUGAAAGGCACAUACUUACCAUGCAGUCACAUUAAACAUGAUGUUAUUUUUCAGCAACCUUCUAAAGACAGAACGUCACAUUAACGAGGAAGUUUUAGAAAAAAGGAUCGAGAUUUUGACGAACUCUGUGCGAAAAUCUCAACGACAAAAACGUAUCUCCGCUAUGGAGGUCUUUGAAGAUAGUGACGAUGAAUACGUUUCUAGCAUUCUUUAUCAUCGGGAACAGAUGAAAGUGAAGGUAAACAUAAAUGUAUUAUAGUUCCAGGGGGGAUAAACCGUCUCAAGAAAGAAGGGGUGGUGGACGAUUUUUGUAGUAAUAAUGGAGGUUACUGAAAAGGGGUGGAGAGGGGAUUGUAAAGCAGGGAUGGAUCCAGCAUGAUCUGGGGGGGGGUGCUCUGGUGCCGACUGCAGAGUUGUGUCGGUCAUGUGUGCCGCACGCCCAUCAACUACUUAUUUGAAUUGUAAUUGUUGUUCACAGUCCCCCCCCUGCACCCCCUCUGGCCAGGGCUAGGGGGUGCGCACCCCCCAGUAAAUCCAUUCCUGGUGUAAAGUUUAAAAAGGGAAGGGGAUAAGAACUUGAAAACGUUUUAGAACUUAAUGAGCCAUCCAGUAUAAAUAAAGUUAGAUGGCUGUAAUUAAUGCUAUCAAUUUUUUAAACUAAUGUAGGAGCAAGCUCAAAUUAUACAAUGUAUGAAGGAGACGAUUGAAAAACAGAAAGAUAUCAUCAGUGGAUUACGUGAAGUAAGUUGAUGGUUUUAGGAAAAUAUCUUUAAACUUGGGAUUCCACAUCUUGUUUGAAUUUCUUUCAAUAUCCACGUUUUGUUGAAAAUGUGGGUAUAUAUGUAAACAAGACUCUUGUUCUAUUAAUUUUCUUCUUUUGUUUAGGAAGUUGCUACAGGCGAUUUUGUUCCUUGUACAAGGUUGGGUUUUAUUUGUGUUCAGAUUGUUACAAACAUCAUCCUUGCUUUGUUAUUCAUCUUCUUCUUUACCUUGUAUUUCUACAUGUUUCAGGGAGGCGUCAGUGGAGGAUUUGACUGAGAUGGUGUUUACUACCCCACCAUCUCAAGUAAGUGCAUUUGAAUAUAUACACACACGUAAGAAUCUUGCAUCUUGUCAACAAUUAAGAUGUGUUCGCAACAGGCUUGUUUCUAGCUUGUCAACAAUGUAAUUGGUAGUUUUUCAAGUUGCUACAAGAUUGUGACUCACGACGUGUUAACAAGUUGUUGAAUUGACCAUUUGCGUAAUAGACUAAAUUUUGAUCUAAACAAGUCUAGACAAAAAUUUCAUCACAGCUUGAAAGAGCAUCACAAAAUUAGUAAUAUUCCAAAGUUUCGUUGCGAAUUGUUGUAAAAUGCGGAUAAUAUAGCCUUGCGAAAUUUGCAAUUUUUAAUCAUUUUAGAUUACAAACGGGAAAUUGACAGCCUCAAAGGGUUUGGGGCUGUCAAUUUCCCGUUUGUAAUCUAAAAUGAUUGAAAAUUGCAAACUUCGCAAGGCUAUAUUAUCCGCAUUUUACAACAUUUUGCAACGAAACUUUGGAAUAUUACUAAUUUUGUGAUGCUCUUUCAAGCUGUGAUGAAAUUUUUGUUGAGAUCAAAAUUUAGUCAUUACGCAAGUUGUUGAAUUGCAGGACGUCAACAAGUUGUUGGAACAACUUGCAACAAGUCAGAUGAGUCAACAACCUUGCGAGCAAGUGGUCAACAAGCCGUUGACAAUUUGGGAACAAUGCGAACACAUACUGAUAACAAGUUGUUGAAACAGCAUUACUACAGUCAGCUGCAUAUUUGUUACAGUUGUGCGCUGUUACGUGUGUCUGUGGGCGCAAGGUAUACAAAUCCAUACAGACAAAGGCCCACCCUCCCAGAAAAUCUUCACUUCUGCCAAUUGAGCAUGGAUUCGGCCUUGGCGUGGUGUUGACUGUGAAAAGCAAGAUCUAUAUUGUUCAAUUAUGGCAAAUUGCAUCGAGCAUUGUAUAAAAUGAGGCAUUGUAUUUUAUUUCCAGCGUGGAUCGUAUAUUGCAGACCCAUGUACAGAAGAGCCUGGUACGAAGUCGAACAAAAAAGGGAUAUUAAACAAAUUGGAAGACUUGAAAGAUAGUGGUAGUAGUUCAAUCUCUCGCUCAGGUACCACGUUAUUUUAUUUUCUAGUUAGCAUAGUCUUAUUGAAUCCGGCUUAGUUUGAGAGCACUCCUUCGCUUAUCCAUCACGCAGUCAUUGAAAACGGUAUACCCAACGCCAUUUUACUCUGUCGUCGCGAUUAGGUCGAACUGAUACCAUCUAAGAAUCGAUGAUAUUUUAGCGCAUGAAUUUUUUCAGUUCUGCUGUGUUUGCCAAAGUUGUGCUUGCUCGACAUUCGCGUAAGUUUUUUUUGUCUCCUUCCACCUUCAGCGAAGAAAUUGAAGAGGAAAAUGUUCCACGGCUCACCGUCAUCACCCAGGAGUUUUUCACCCUUGAGCUCUGCGAAGAAGGUAAGUUCUCUCGAUCAUUGAACUUUGUAAUAUUCAUGUUUAGACUAGAAUAAAUCUUAUUGAUUUAAAUAAUGAAAAAGAAAGUUUGUUUGCAAACAAUCGUACUUAUAUUUGAAUACAAAACAUGCAAAUUUCUCACACUCAUCACUCAAUCAAUUCAAUGUUUUCUUAUCAUUGUAUUAUCUGAAAUAUUUCUUUCUUGAUACACUUUUUUGUUAGGACAAAACUGAGGAAAGAUUAUUGAAGAAAUCUAUGAAAAAUUCUCCAAAAAGAUCACUCCGUUCUAGGAAACUUUAAAACCGUUGUGGAAAAAAAACCCACUCCAUUCCAAGAAACGUCAAAACCAUUGUGGCAGGACCACGGCAAAAUAACCAGCUGAAACACAACGUUUUAUUUUGUAUAUAUAGGAAAUUUAUAUAUUUACUGUUGUCUCAGUAUAAUAAUUAUUAUAGUGAUAAUUUUAUUUUAAAUUAUAUUUGCAUGUCUACCACAGGUAUAUUGGUUAAGAUACCUCUACGGCUUUAGAUACGAUAAUACGAACUGCAUGCUUAUUAUUUUUUUCAUUUUUAUUAUAUUUAUGAUGUAAAUAAAUUGAAUAGUUUAAGUUAUAUUUACCCUUAUAAUAUUUUAAAUAAAUAUUUUGAAACCCU